UGACUCGCUCUUUCGCAAAACGCCUGGGAGGAGCCCCCGGGACCACAAAACUGUGGUCUCCUUCCCGGGGCCAGACUCUCUGGUAGGGAAGCUGCGGACAGGAGCCGCUGAGGGACGGAGGAGUCGCUGCCGGACAUGGGCGCCCAGCUGCUGCUGCCGCUGCUGCUGCUUGUGGUUCAAACCUGCAUUCCAGCCACCCGGGGCCUGCGGUGCAUGCGGUGUGAGAGAAACGGGCAUUGCCAGGUGGAAGAGUGUGCCCCCGGCCAGGCUCUCUGCAGGACCACGGUCCUGCGCAUAUGGGAAGUCAGUGAAGAGCUGGAGGUGGUGGAGACGGGCUGUGCGCACCCAGAGAAGACCAACAGGACCAUGAGCUAUCGCACAGGCAUGCAGGUCAUCACCCUGACGGAGGCUGUCUGUGGGUCUGAUUUGUGCAACCGGCCCAACUCUGGCCGGUCUCCCACCUUUCCCAGAAGCCGGUACCUCGAAUGUGUCUCCUGCGCCUCUUCAGACCUGAGCUGUGAGAGGGGCUGGGACAAGAGCCUCCAGUGCCGCUACCCUGGAGAACAGUGCCUGGACGUGGUGACCCACCGGAGUGUGGAAGAGAGUCCAAGGGAUGAGCGCCACUCCCGAGGCUGUGGCAACCUUCCCGGCUGCCCAGGCCCCACCGGCUUCCACAACAACCACACCUUCCACUUCUUGCGGUGCUGCAACACUACCAAAUGCAACCAGGGCCCAGUCCUGGAGCUUCAGAACUUGCCAUCGAAUGGCCUCCAGUGUUACAGCUGUGAGGGGAACAGCACGCAUGGAUGCUCCUCCGAAGAGACCUCCCUCACCGCCUGCCGAGGCCCCAUGAAUCAAUGUCUGGAAGCCACAGGCUCUGAUGAGCUGGGGAACCCGCACUACACAGUGAGAGGUUGUGCAACGCCUUCAUGGUGCCAGAGCCUCCAUGUGGCUGAAGCCUACAGACUGACCCAUCUCAACGUCACGUGCUGUACUGGAAAUGGCUGCAAUCACCCAAAUGGGGAUAGGCAGCCCCGCGUGGGGGGGCCCCGGGCUGGCCCUGCCCACUUCAGCCUCACCGUCACCCUCCUGAUGACCGCGAGACUGUGGGGAGGCACUCUCCUCUGGACCUGACCCCACACUCCGCCUGCCCUGGCUGGAUCCAGGGGGCCCCUUCUCCCUUCUCUCUGCUCCUGGUCCUGCAGAUGUGCUGUGUGACUUCAGGCUAGUGUGCUGUUUCCUCCAGGCCUCAGUUUCCCCAGCCGUGAAACCACC